GGGGAGGUGGGGAGACGGGAGAGGAUCUCAGAGGAAGAUGGCUGUCCUGUCGUUGGAAUCUCUGCCAUUAGGAUUCCGUUUCCGUCCAACAGACGAAGAACUUGUGAAUCACUAUUUACGUCUGAAAAUUAACGGGAGGGAUUCCGAUGUUGAAGUGAUUCCUGAAAUCGAUGUUUGUAAGUGGGAACCUUGGGAUUUGCCUGAUUUAUCGGUUAUUAAGACGGAUGAUCCUGAGUGGUUCUUCUUCUGUCCUCGUGAUAGAAAGUAUCCCAACGGUAGUCGUUCCAACAGAGCCACCGAAGCCGGCUACUGGAAGGCUACUGGUAAGGAUCGCACCAUCAAGUCUCGCAUGAACUUGAUCGGUAUGAAAAAGACUUUGGUUUUCUACAAGGGCCGUGCUCCUAAAGGUGAGAGGACCAACUGGAUAAUGCACGAGUACCGACCCACUGAGAAGAACCUUGAUGGCACCAACCCUGGCCAGGGUGCUUUUGUCCUCUGUCGUUUAUUCCGGAAGCAUGAUGACCGGGUUGAAAUUUCAAACUGUGAUGAAAUUGAACCUACUGGUUCAUCUCCCACCGCAACCAAGUCUUCUCCUGAUGAAACACCAUCAUCACUAGCAUUGAUUCAAGCAACUUCAGAGUCAGAUAUGCAGGUUGGAAAACAACCAGCAGGUAUUGAGAGGUGGCUGGCUGAUAAUGCUGACAACAUUACCUCUGAAGCUUUGGUACCUGCAGAGAGCAAUUGCACUAGCAAUAUGGCAUCCGAUAUGGAAGACCAUGACCAAGAUGGUGCCACUACGGAGGUGGAUCUGCAGCUUGAAGAGGAUUUGAGGUUGUUUUAUGACCCAACCACUUUUGAGCCGUUAGAUUGGAAGAUUUUCUCCCCAUCUCAGUCAGAGAUGUGCUCCAGCCUGGGACUUCCCCAAAUGAAUUUGGCUUUUGCUGAUGACUUUGGCAAUAAUAAUAAUGGUCUGGUUUUUCAAGAUGGCACUAGUGAGCAGGAUGUUUCUAUCUCAGAAUUCUUGGAUGCAGUCAUCAAUGACCAAGAUGAAUACUCCUUUGAAGAAUCAGCCAGUCUAAAGAAUUCGAAGAGUGAGGCUACUGUUAGCACUGUAAUUCUGCAGCCUAAAUAUGAUGAUGACUCUGGUAGAGUUUCUGUGCUCUCAGCUAGUGGAUGGCAACCUUCCUUUGGCAAGGAAAGUGGAUCUAGCAGUGAUACAGAUACUGAAGUAGCUCAAGUCCAGCAUGAUCCACAGACUGAAGCUUUGAAAGGUUUCCUCCAGGAUGAUUCUUUUGUGCUUCCUGACAGCAUUGAGUCAACCAGUCAGAAGAACUCUGUUAAAAAUGGUGGUGGUCCUAGUGGGACUGGAAUCAAGUUAAGGACUCGUCAAACACAAUAUCAAUCAGUCCCCCUCAACUCUUUAACACAGGGCACUGCUCCGAGGAGGAUCCGUUUACAGACACAGCUUUCCCGCAGAGGGACAUCGUGCAGCAAGCCAAUGGUGUCAAGUUGUGAGGAGGAACAUGAAGUUAAGCCAAAAGUUGUUGAGGCUAGUGAUGGUCUGAAACCUUCUACAAUGGAUGAGCUGAAGAGAGGGGAAAUAUUGGAUCAUUCUGGCAUUGCUGAAGAACUUAAUGCAAAGCUCCGUUUGAGGUCAAGAGGCGACACUGUAAAGGUUGGUGACCAAUGGGGGUUGCUUCCAGUGCGUCGUCAUUCAAAUUCGUCAUCUGUUUAUAUUGUUUGUGUAGCUGUACUUACAUUCCUUGUUAUAGUCUGUAUUUCAGUAUGGGGACGGUUAACAUCUUGAUGUUUGCAUUCAGAACGUACUCUAUAUUAUCGGCUUCUGUUUUUGUACUUAAAUAUGAUUUGGGAGUAGGGAUAGGUAGGUCCCUUUUUUGUACAUUUAUGUAAACACAACUCUCACUGAUAUGUAUAAUUUGGGCAUAGGUGUGUAUUUAAUUGGACCUUU